UCCGCCAGGCAUUGCAUGGUGGAAAGCGGAGGUUUCUUUCUCCUUCCUGCUCCAGACCCUGACAGCUUCAGGGGCAGGGCCCGGGGAUCCGCUCCGGUGGCGACUGUAAAAGCGAAAGAAGGAGGCAGUACAAGCAAAAGAGGGGUGACACUAAACCACCCCAAUAUGUCCUCCUCCAGCAAUAGCGCCGACCUGAAAUCCGAACUGUAUUUCCUUAUUGCAAGAUUCUUAGAAGACGGACCUUGCCAGGAAGCAGCACAGGUUCUGAUCAGAGAAGUAGAGAAGAAGGAGUUGCUGCCAACAAGGAUAGACUGGACGGGAAAAGAACACCCCAGGAGCUACCAAAAUUUAGUGAAGUAUUACCGGCAUUUGGCACCAGAUCAUUUACUACAAAUAUGCAGACGAUUAGGACCACUUCUGGAAAAAGAAAUUCCCCAGAGUGUUGUUGGUUUAGAGACCCUUUUGGGAGCAGGCCGCCAGUCUCUCCUGCGCACAAACAAAAGCUGCAAACAUGUUGUUUGGAAAGGCUCUGCUCUGGCAGCGUUACACUGUGGAAGACCUCCAGAGGCACCAAUAAAUUUUGGAAGUCCACCGAGCAUAGCAAGCACACUCUUUUCAAGAAGGCUGAAUGGAAAAUAUAAGUGUGAAAACCUUGUCCCAACAGCUGUCUACCAGCACAUGAAAAUGCACAAGAGAAUCUUAGGGCACCUCUCUUCUGUCUACUGUGUUACAUUUGAUCGUACUGGCAGAAGAAUAUUUACAGGCUCUGAUGACUGUCUUGUAAAAAUAUGGUCAACUGAUGAUGGGAGACUACUAGCAACUUUAAGAGGACAUGCUGCUGAGAUCUCUGAUAUGGCUGUGAAUUAUGAAAACACAAUGAUUGCUGCUGGUAGCUGUGACAAAAUGAUCAGAAUUUGGUGCCUGCGAACAUGUGCUCCACUGGCCAUACUGCAGGGUCAUAGUGCUUCCAUAACAUCGUUACAGUUUUCUCCCUUAUGUAAUGGAUCUAAAAGAUAUCUCUCUUCCACUGGAGCAGAUGGCACCAUUUGUUUCUGGCUUUGGGACGCUGGUACUCUUAAAAUAAACCCACGACCAACUAAGUACACUGAGCGACCUCGGCCUGGAGUUCAGAUGAUAUGCUCCUCCUUCAGCUCUGGUGGUAUGUUUCUGGCAACAGGAAGCAGUGAUCAUAUUAUUAGGGUUUAUUACUUUGGCUCAGGUCAGCCGGAAAAGAUUUCGGAACUUGAGUUUCAUACUGACAAGGUGGACAGCAUCCAGUUUUCUAACACAAGUAAUAGGUUUGUUAGCGGAAGCCGGGAUGGUACAGCUCGUAUUUGGCAAUAUAAGAAGAGAGAAUGGAGGAGCAUUUUGUUAGAUAUGGCUACUCGACCAACAGGAUUGAAGGACAAGGUCAUGGAGCAGUAUUUGACUGCAAGUGUUCUCCAGAUGGUCAACAUUUUGCUUGCACAGAUUCUCAUGGUCAUCUUUUGAUAUUUGGCUUUGGUUCCAGUAGCAAAUAUGACAAGAUCGCAGAUCAGAUGUUCUUCCACAGUGAUUAUCGACCUCUUAUUCGUGAUGGUAACAACUAUGUUCUUGAUGAACAAACACAGCAGGCACCACAUCUCAUGCCCCCUCCAUUCUUGGUAGAUGUUGAUGGGAACCCUCACCCAGCUCGAUAUCAGAGGCUUGUUCCAGGGAGAGAGAACUGCAGAGAUGAGCAUCUUAUUCCUCAGAUGGGUGUGACAUCCUCAGGAUUAAAUCAGGUUCUCAGCCAGCAAGCAAACAACGAAGUAAGUCCUUUGGAUAGCCUUAUUCAAAGACUACAGCAAGAGCAAGACCAGAGACUGAAUGUAGAGGCUGGAAGCAGUAUCAACAGCCGCAUGGGAAGAGCGUCUGUGAGCUCCAUGUCAGAAGUACAUUCACCACCAAAUAUUGGGUUAAGACGUAGUGGGCAAAUUGAGGGUGUUCGACAGAUGCAUAGCAAUGCACCGAGAAGUGAAAUGGCCACUGAGAGAGAUCUUGUGGCUUGGAGUAGAAGAGUUGUAGUGCCAGAACUCCCUGCAGGGGUAUCCAGGAACAAGAGCUUAUGAAGAUUGUUGGGAUUAAAUAUGAAGUUGGAUUGCCAACACUCUGCUGCCUUAAACUUGCUUUUCUAGACCCAGACACUGGCAAGCUAACAGGAGGAGCAUUCACAAUGAAGUAUCAUGACAUGCCAGAUGUAAUAGAUUUUUUAGUUCUCCGCCAACAGUUUGAUGAAGCAAGGCGCAGGCAAUGGACUAUAGGUGAUCGAUUUCGGUCUGUUAUUGAUGAUGCUUGGUGGUUUGGAACUAUUGAAAGCCAGGAGCCUCUUCAGCCAGAUUAUCCAGACAGCUUAUUUCAGUGUUACAAUGUCUGUUGGGACAAUGGAGAUACAGAGAAGAUGAGCCCUUGGGAUAUGGAGAAUAUACCUAACAAUGCGGUUUUUCCUGAGGAGCUUGGCACUAGUGUCCCUUUAACAGAAAUUGAAGUCAGAGGCUUACUGUACAGAACAAUAGAUGGUGAAUGGGGGUGCAGAAAACGAGAAGAAGAAUGUGAAAGAAUUAUUGCAGGAAUAAAUCGGCUGAUAACACUAGAUAUUAGUUCUGCAUUUAUUGCACCAGUGGAUCUCCAAGCCUAUCCAAUGUACAGCACCGUUGUUGCAUAUCCAACUGAUCUCAGUACCAUCAAACAGAGGCUAGAAAACAGAUUCUACAGGCGCCUGUCUUCAUUAAUGUGGGAGGUGAGAUACAUUGAACACAACACCCGUACAUUUAAUGAGCCUGGAAGUCCUAUUGUAAAAACUGCAAAAUUCAUCUCAGAUGUUCUGCUUCAUUUUAUCAAGGACCAAACUUGUUAUGACAUAAUUCCGCUUUAUAACAGCAUGAAGAAAAAGAUCUUGUCAGACUCUGAAGAGGAAGAAGAGAAAGAUGCAGAUGUUCCUGGAAUCUCCACUAGAAAAACAAAGGAAUAUCAACCGAAGCGUAAAUUGCGCAAUAGAACUCAAUCGUAUGAUUUGCAAUCUUGGAAGAAGCAAUGUGAGGAGCUAUUAAACCUAAUUUUCCAGUGUGAAGACUCUGAACCAUUUCGACAGCCAGUUGACCUUCUUGAGUACUCUGAUUAUCGAGCCAUAAUUGAUACACCAAUGGAUUUUGGAACCGUAAUAGAAACUUUAGAAGCUGGAAACUAUGUGUCUCCAAUAGAAUUGUGUAAGGAUGUGAGACUUAUUUUCAGCAACUCUAAGUCAUAUACUCCAAGCAAAAGAUCAAAGAUUUACAGCAUGAGUUUACGGCUAUCUGCUUUCUUUGAGGAACGGAUAAGUACCAUUUUAGCAGAUUACAAGUCUGCUGUGAAAUUUCACAAGAGAAACACAAUAACAAAGCGCAGGAAAAAAAGAAACAGAAGUAGCUCUUCUAGCAGUAGUGCUGCAUCUAGCCCUGAAAGGAAGAGGAGGUACAUAAAACAUCAACAAAAGCCUGAAAACAGUGUUGUAACCCCUGCAUCAGCACCUCUGCGUUCAGCAGCAAAUAAAGCCUCGUCGGCUCAGAUGAAUGGCAAAGUUGCAGAAUUAACUUCGUUAGGUCGCACAAGAAGUAACAGGAGGCAGGGGGAGCCAAAUCUUGCUUCCCAGCCAUCUACAUCUUCAACGUUUAAGCCUUUGUCUGCUAAACAUAAUAAUUCUUUGAUGCUGACAAAAUCAGUGCCAGAAAACACAAUAAAAUCUGUAAAGAGUCAAACUAUAGCAACCAACCCUCUGCAGCCAACCACCAGUACCUUAAUCAAGAAUAGUGUGUCAAAGGAAAACCCAGAGAAGGAUAAAGCAAUUAAACGCAAGAUAAAGAUCUUGAACGGUGCUCCACAAGGAAGGACUUGGGAAGAAAAAAAUGGACGUUCAGGAAAAAAUGGAAGUUCUCAAAAAAAUAUCACAAAAGCAGUAAAAAAAGAUGUUUCAGUACCAGAAACCAUUCAUGUAAAUGGACACAGCAAUCAACCCACCAAACCAGUAGCAAAAGGACGUCCUGGCCGUAAACCUAAGAUAAUUGUAAAUAACAAUGACAACAUUGCUAAAAAUAGUGUUCCGCCACUUAUUCCCAAGAAAAGAGGUAGAAAACCCAAAUACAUCCGAACUGAGGAGCAGCAAAACUCAUCCAAACUAAUUGUUCCAUUUACAAAGGUUAAAGAGCAACCAACCACUUCUACAGGCAACGUUCAUGUAAAGCAAGAGGUUAAGAAUGAAAAUGAGGUACCAAAAAAGCGAAGGGGUAGAAAACCAAAGGUAAAGACAGAGGCAACUAUGACAACUGCUCCUCCUGUACCACCACCAGCUGAGCCUGAACAUAUAGACCUAGGAAUUGUUAAAAUUCAAACCAGAAGCAAAUGUAAAAAGUCAGAGGAGCCAAUGGAUGAAUUGGUAGAUGUGUCUGAUGACCCAAAUCUUUCUGAAACCCAAAUGAGAACUAGAAACCAGGGAAGGAGGACUGCAUUUUACAAUGAGGAAGAUUCUGAAGAGGAGCAAAGGCAGCUACUGUUUGAAGAUACCUCUUUAACAUUUGGUACCUCUAGUAGAGGAAGGGUGCGGAAACUGACUGAAAAGGCAAAGGCAAAUUUAAUUGGCUGGUAACAAAGCAUUGUAGUUAAAAUGCUUAAAAGCAGCUUCACUAAAUACUUUACAAACUGCUCUUGUGCUGCUAUAAUAGGAGGGAAUAGACAGUGAUAAAAGUGGAAUUUAUAUUUUAGACCUUUCAUAUUUAUUAUAUAUGAAGUGGGUUUACACAUUUCACAAUUCAUAGUUGACAAACUGACAAAGACUAACAAGAUUUGCUUAAUUCAGGCAAAUAGUCUACUUACAGCAUUGUGAAAUGUGCACUAGCAACAGGGCUUUGUACAGCAAAAUGACUAUUUUUAACAAAUGAGGGUACACUAUAAUGCAGAGUUUAAAUAAUUUUAUUGAUAAUGGUAACCAUUUGGGGGUUUUGUGUUUCCUAUAUGUAUAAAUGAAAUGUUACCACAAUGUAUGCAUCCAAAACAAAAACUAGUAAUGGUAACCCUGGGCUUGUGUGUUAUCACAUACAAAGUUAUUGACAUAUCUUACAUACAUAUAUUUAUAUAUCAAUUAUAUCCACAUUGGAAGAUUUUCAUUUGUCUAAUUUUUCAGACCUUGAUUCCGCCAGUCAAUCACUAAAUCAGAGUAUUGUGCCAAAGACUGAGACUAAAGACAGUUAAAUCCUGUAAUUUCUGUCAGAACUGCGCACAAUUUUUGUGUAUAUGUAUAUAAAAAAAUAUAUAAAAGCAGGUGUAUAUUCGUCUUAAGGUAUUGUAUACUGUGCUUACUUAUCCUGUUUUGGUACUUUUGUUAUUAAGAAAAAGAAAAAGGAAUAAAAAAAAUAACCUGUGGCAGGGUACUUUUAAGAUUUUAGAAAAUGUAAACCCUAUAGAUUUAAUUGAAAUUUGUAUAUAUAUAUAUAUAUAUAUAUAUUUCAACAAUAAUUGUGAUGAUUAGUGAUAUUGAUUAUUGUAAUGAACAUGCUGCGUUUUCUUAAACAUAUAAUAAUAAUGUAUAUUUGUUCAUAUCAAGCUAAAGAAAUGUAGAGAAAACAUAAGGGACUGUAGAGAACUAUUCUCUACAACAGAAUACUUGGCAGUGUAUGCUAAUCAAUAUUGCUUUGCUAAAUUGAUUUUUUAAAGAUCUGGAAAUGAACUACUUCAUAGGAAAUCUACAGAACUACCUUUGUAUGCUCCUUGUUUACUUGCAACAUACUUAAUAGGAUAAAAUGUGUAUAUAUUAAAUGUGUGUAUAAAAGUAUGUGUAAUUAUACGCAUAGGUUUACACGCAUUACACACCUAAAAUCCUGUUUGUUUGUUUUUUAUAAAUAACAUGGGUUUUAGAUAGUAAUAUAAUUGGGGAAAAGUUUUAAAAUGUCAAGUUUUCAUUUAAUUUUAUAGGUUGGAAGUUUACUCUUCAUUACUGAAAGGUCAUUUUCCAUUUAGGCUUUUUAUGUCAAUACACAAUGCUGUUUUUUUUAUUCUGAUAAAAGUUAAUAGAAGUUGGAAGCAAAAUGUCAUUUAAGUUGUGUGCCUUGUAUUUUAUUUUAUUAUAUUUUCUGUAUGUUUAUAGUUACACAAAUUAGCUGAAUGUAUUAAACAUUGCACUGCUGUAGAAUAAAAAAGCAGUUAUUUAUUUCUUUAUAAUACACUUUGCUGUUAUAACAUUCAGAUUAUUUAUACAGUUGUGUGAUUAACACAUUGGUGAACUUUUUUUCUUAUGUUUAUUCGCAGGACUUGAUAAGUUUUAUAUCAAACAUAGGAGACUGCCAAAAAAGAAUGUCAGUUCCCCAUUUUUAUGAAUAAUUAAAGAAAAAAAUAGGGGUCAGGCAUAAAAUUGAAGGAACUUUGCCUCCCUGGCUCCUGGUAUUUGUUAUUCCUCGGUUUUGUUUUUUUUCUGAAUUUAUUUAACAGUUGAAUAAUAGUAGAAUCAUGGUAUGGAGAGAGAAAAAACACAUUCCAAAUGACUGUCCAUUUAAUUCACAUUCAUUUUCCUCUAUGGCUUUUAUAUGGUCACUUUUAUAUGCCAAAUAUUUUAGCAGGUUUCAGCAGAAAUCUCAAGAUUAAUCAUUUUAAAAAUGCAUUAUUUCUUUUUUGACUGAAGAGAAUAAGAUCACUACAUUAGGGGUACUAACCCGUAUAAAUUUCACAGGUUUCAUAGGGCAUCCUCUGUAGUUUAUUUUGUUUAUUUUUCUAUCUCUGUAUUAAGUUAAAUUAUCUGACAAAAUCCACUGACUGAAAGUUAAAACGUGAUUCUCACUAUAUUUCGCUACCCCUGCAAGCUGCAAUAUCACCCUUGUUAGCAAAGGGCUUUCUCUACAUGUUUUCUGUAGAAUUAUCCUUGUAACCACUGUAAUGCUUCUGUAUGUUUUUACACUUUUAUAUGAAAAGAAAUCCUGUAUACAAUAUAAAAAAUAUAUUUUUAAAAAAAUACAAGCUCACAUAUUGUUUUAGGAUUUAAUGCACAGAUUGUUUCUCUUUCAUACUGUAUAUUUAAUUUUUAAAUAAUGCUUUUUCCUUGUUUCGUAUUGUCAUUUAAUAGUAUAUUUGUUUAAAAAAAAAGUUUUGUAUAAUUUGAAGUAGUCUUCACAACAUAUUAACAUUCUGUUUGACUUGAAAAGUGAUGCUUUUGAAAGCAGGUCAGAUAACCUGCUGCCCAACAUGCCCUAUGUACAAUUAUUCCUGUGAAACUUACAAUUUGGGCAGACAUGCAAAUUAUUACCUUAAGUGCUGAGCCUGUUUUAUUAACAUUUAUGUGCUAUAUUUAAACAUACAUUCUUAUGAUUUUUUUCUGCUGUGAGUAAAACUUUUUUUUUUUUUUUUGUCCCAUCAUUUUCAAAAUAAACUUACUGAUUGUGGAUCCCAAUUAGGAAAAAUACACUCCCUAUAAUGGAAGUGUUUUUCUGAUUAUAUUUUAUUUUAAUAAAUGUCAUAGCAAACAA